CGUACAUGCUUGGCCAUCACUAAUCCGCCUCAUACCCAAUUCCCAGCUGCUCUAUCUGCCUCAUGACUGCCAGAAAUCCUGAUCACUGAAAGUUCACACGCGAUGACCAUGUUUAUGAUAUGAGGAGCAUGCAGUCAGAGCUCCAGAUAGAGAAACAGAAGUGAAGGAACUGCCUAUCAAUGGCCAACCCCACCCCUAGGCUUGAUGUACUGUGAGAUAGAAGAGAGUGGAACAGAAACACCUUAUGCCAAUUGCCAUGGAGGACACUCAGCCCAAACUUGCUACCCCGGAUCCCAGCCGUGCACCCAGUCCAGCACCUAGUCCAGUACGCACUGCCGUACCCAGUCCAGUACCCAGUCCAGUACCUUCUCCAGUAACCGGCCCACUUCUGGACAUUAUUCCUUUGCCUGCAGCAAACCAUGUAGAGCACCUAAAUGUGAACCAGAUCCAGGUGGUGGUACGGCGCUGCUCCAGUCCGAAUGUCACAGAGGAGACCACAUUUUUUAUUCCUCGAAACCCUGUGGUGGAUGCUGGCACUAACACAGACCCGCCAGUUGUCUGCUGCCCCUUGCUCCACAGAUUCUGUCCAUGUCCACCAAGAGGCCUUCUGGCCUCUCUUUUUACUAAACUCCUUCUGGCAGCUGUGCUCUUUGGAGUGGUGUGGUCUAUCACUGAGGAUGAGUGUCUUCCAGGGGGAAACCUGUUUGGCAUCACGAUCCUCUUCAUCUGCGCACUCAUCGGUGGCAAAGUGGUGGCUCUCAUCCAUCUGCCCAAACUUCCACCGUUCCCACCUCUCCUUGGUAUGCUGCUGAUGGGUUUCCUGCUGAGAAACAUCCCAGUUAUAACAGACGGGGUGUACAUCGACUUCAGAUGGUCUGCGUCACUGAGGAACAUCGCUCUGGCUGUCAUUCUGGCCCGAGCUGGUCUGGGUUUGGAUCCCACGGCUCUGAGGAAAUUGAAAUCCGUGUGUGCACGUGUGGCAGCUGGGCCUUGCAUUAUAGAGGCUUGCACCACCGCCCUGAUCUCUCACUUCCUCAUGGGCUUGCCCUGGGUGUGGGGCUUCAUCCUUGGCUUUGUGAUGGGCGCUGUGUCUCCAGCAGUGGUGGUUCCCGCCAUGCUGCUGCUGCAGAAGGACGGUUACGGCGUGGAGCAGGGCAUCCCCACUCUGCUGAUGGCUGCCGGAAGCUUCGACGACAUCCUUGCCAUCACAGGGUUCACCACAUGCUUGAGCAUGGCCUUCGCCACAGGCUCCACUUGGUUCAACCUCCUGCGAGGUGUACUGGAGGUGGGUGGUGGGAUGGUUGCUGGGAUUCUUCUUGGCUUCCUCAUCCAGUACUUCCCUAGUGUUGACCAGAAACACUUAGUAAUGAAGCGAUCCUUCUUGGUGCUGGGGCUGUCCGUCUUUGCCGUGUUCGGCAGCGGUGUGGCUGGGUUUCCUGGCUCCGGAGGCCUCUGCACCCUGGUGCUGGCAUUCCUGGCUGGCCUCGGCUGGGGGUCAGACAAGGCACGUGUGGAGGAAGUGGUGGGGUGGGCGUGGGACGUGUUUCAGCCUCUUCUCUUCGGACUAAUAGGAGCAGAAAUUCGAAUCUCUGAGUUGGAGGGACACACAGUUGGUCUGGGUAUAGCCUCUCUGCUCAUUGCCCUGCUGGUUCGAAUCCUGUUCACCUUCGUCUGUGUGCUGUUUGCCGGGUUUAACAUGAAAGAAAAAGUCUUCAUAGCUCUUGCAUGGAUGCCCAAAGCCACAGUGCAGGCAGCUAUAGGCUCCACAGCUUUGGACAUGGCCAGGUCGAGGGACGACAAGCUGCUGCAGAAGUACGGCAUGGAUGUGCUGACCGUGGCUGUGCUGGGCAUCCUUCUCACGGCACCUGUAGGAGCUCUGCUCAUCGGGCUCGCUGGACCUCGCCUGCUGCAGAAACCAAAGAACUCUGCCUGUGGUGAGCGAGUCAAACCCAAUGUAUCAGCCUGUUUCUUAGCAGGAGAAGAAGAUGACACUGAAACCCCUAUCACCUACGAGAGCACGCUCUGACAUCACCAGUCUUCAUCCAGUAAGCCAAGACAUUUAAAGAGACUUCCUGGGUGCUUUCACACCUCGGAUAUUUGAGCUUUGCUUUAGCCACCGAGUGGCUCUCUUUUGUCUCUCUAUCUGCCGGUCAGCUCCUGAUGUUUGCCAUCCUGCAGGAACACAUGAAUCACUCUGUAUUUAUAGCCUCUGGUGGUUUCCAGGCCUCAGGCUUCCAAACAAAUGACCCACAUCCAAACGUCUGCACGGUCAUGCUGUAGGACAGUGUGCAAGAGGGGGGGGUUCUGUUUCUGGUCCCAAAUGAACUUUUAAUCAGAUAUAUUAGUGUGAAUAUGAUUUACAUUUUUGUAAAGGCGGAUCAUUUUCCUGCCCGUCAUAUUCACUGAAUCCAAUAUAUGCCCAUUUGUAUGACUACAUAUCAGAUAACUAUUUACUGUAUUUGGACAGGUGGUAAUGCUGUGUUUUAGUAGAAACUGUUUCCUUUUGAGGGCUACUUGUGCACUGGCAGAAGCAAUAUUUAAUUGUUUUAAAUUAGACCAGUCUUUAGGUGUUCUGCACUUAGUAUAAUAUUUAUAAAGCUAUAUGUUUGUUUAUUUUUUGUGUAUGUUUUAAUAAAAUGUGUAUUAGCUGUGUCUCGGUGAUAAUUGGUUUGUGUAGUUGAUGGUCUAGUGGUCCAGCUUCCAAACAGUUCAAUACUAGGGCUGCUACCAUUGUGCCCCUGAGCAAGUUGCUCCAGGGAGACUGUCCCUGUAGUUCACUGUAAGUCGCUCUGGAUAAGAGCGGCUGAUAAAUGACCUGUAAUGUAAUAGUUGACAAAAUAAUCAGGAGAAAAAUCGAAAUAAUCCACAAAACUUUCCUCUGGUUUAAACACAAUGCUGCUAAAACUUCCAUCAUCUGCUACAUUCGCUAUGUCGGUUUUCAAUUUCACGAUUGCUCAACAAUGAUCAUGUCCAUAUUUUAAACAUUCAUGUAAACCCAACCUUUGAGUGUAAGGGAAAAGUCGAUUUUUCACAUUUGUUACAUUUUUUUUUUUUCAUAACAGAAGUGUGCAGUGUAACUUAAUGUUUUUAUUUGAAUGUAUUGCCUCGUUGUGUAUUAUUAGCAACUAUUUAUGAUAAAGUAUCAGAAUUGAGCAUUAGUUUUUUACCAAAUAUUCUUUAAUCAAUAAAUGAUAAAAACCUA